CUGUUAAGCAUAAAAGAUAUAUAUUCUGUUAGCCUGUACAAUCUGUGCAUGGUAAUUAUUUAAUCUAAUAAGAUAACUACAAACAUUUAAUAUAUAGGAGAAAUGUUAAGUUAAGGUUUCAUAAUAAAUUUAUAAAUUCCUCCAUAUUUUGUGUUCACAUAUAUGCGUGCAGUGCAAAAAAAGUUACACAAAACGAUUCAAUAAGUUCUUUUAUAAUAAUUUAAAGUUCGUAAAACUACAGUAACGCAAUAAAACAUGUGCUGCGCCUUUUACUGCGUUAGUAAACUAGAAUCAACACAGAUACCAUCGUUUUCGUUUAAACUGUUAACCGGUUGCGCCUAGUGGGAAUUUGUGGCAUCUUGUUUAAAACAAGAACAAUAAGUUACUGGUACCGAUGAUGCUUAUAUUUGUAACGAGACGGAAGUUAUGGCAAUAAAAUAUAAGGACACGAACAGAAAAGCAGAAUUACCAGAAAUACAAAACAUCUGACAAAAACAUCAAACGCCGGACCUAUUACAUCUUUACCAAAAAACUGGACUUCUGUAAAAUGUCUACACAUACUGCCACUGAAUUUGCACGAAUACCAGGCAUCGGAUCGGAAAAGAUGGGAUUUUAUGCUUGAACAAUGUGUGCUUGCCAUGAUGUAACUAAGGACUCUGAUUACACAUCUGACGAACGGCUACAGAUAUCGAUGAUUGAAAGAUUACUUGAACACUGACAAUGUGUUCCUCUUUAUUCCGAAUAUCAUUGAUUACACCCGGAUAGUGUUUUUGAUGUGUUUCGCUUACAAUGCCUCCACAGGGAACUACAUAGUAGCCAGUAUAAGUUACGUUGCCAGUGUCAGUUUAGAUGAACUUGAUGGAAAUACGGCCAGGUAUUUAGGUCAAACCUCACUGUUUGGUAUGAUCCUUGACAUUCUUAUUGACGAAGCAUCAGUACUAUGUUUAUGUACAGUACUUAGUACUAUAUAUCCUCAGUACAUCAUCAUUUUCCAACUGUACACUCUACUAGACUUCACCGGCCAGUGGACGAAUUAUCAGUAUGCAGCGAUGUAUAGAAAUAACAAUUUUACACGAGCCGAUGACUGGUUGCUGAACAUGUAUUUUAACAAACCGAUGUUAACCAACUUGUGGGUGUACGGAAACCACGUGUUUCUUCUGAUGAUAUACUUGUGCCAUCAUACAUCAGAGCCUGAAGUACCAUUGUUUGGAUCAAGUAUUUGUAUAUGGAAGGUACUGGCUUUCCUGUCAGCGCCGUGGUCUGUAUCGAGGUUAUGUAUAAUGGUGUACCUGCUGAUAACCUCAAUGACCGACAUUGCUCACCAAGACAAUCUGCUACGUGUGAAACAACGGCAAGAGAGUGGAAAACGCUGGAAAAUUGAAAAUGGUUUAGAUUCAAGCGGGAAACUUGAACACGGAGCGAAAAACAAUGUGGAAAUAGAUAACGCAGAAACGUUUGGGAAUCUCAAACAUUCAGUGGAAGUUGAAGACAGUGAAGAGAUUUUACAAACGAUUGUCAAUAGAAUAAAUUCAGCUCAUGCCGACAGUAUUAUAUCAAAUGAAAAUGAGGCUGUUUGUAGAAUAUGUAGAAAUGUUCUUUUCUGUCAGUUGCUAAAUACUAGGAAUAGAUGUUGUCUUGGUAAUAACAAGAGCGGGUCUGUACGACAGAGAAACUACAGGCACGAAUCACUUCAUUGCUGCAACAUACAUCAACAUGAGAAAAGAAUUCAAGAAAAAUGUUACUAACUAAAAAGAUGUAUUUGGUACUUUUGCUUCAAACGUAAAAGUUAGGGACAAUUCUAAAUACAGCGUGAUAUAUAGAUUUGUUAAUACCAAAAGCUAGUGAAAGCGAAAAAAAAAAACACCCUAGCGCGUCUUAAUUUCAGAUGGUUCUUGCCGUAAAGCGUUUUUGUUCAUUUUCAUCGUAUGUGAAGAAAAGAAUUUCUUGUGUUUCAAGUUGUGAAUUAUGAACAUGACUUAUAGAUUUAUAUUAAGUCCUAGAAAAAGUACUUUAAAUACGGGCUAACCAUCAUGUGAGUAUUAAUAACCUGUAACAGUAUAACACGAAAAGCGAAGCACGUAACUCUUGGAUAUGGUGCGCGCGCAUGUUAGGAUUUUUGCUCGUGUUGUCGGAUUUCCUCGAAAUAGCGAGGCUGCUCGGCCGCAUUAAGGCUGAUUGAACUUUGUAUAAUUUGUAUUUAUCAUUUUCUCGGAUCCUUGCAGAAUCGAUUUCAUGUCAUCCAACAUAAUCUGUUGCUGAAAUAAAUAUAGCAGUAAGUUAUAAAAACCCCAUCUCCUCGUUAUAGUUAGGUGACGAUGGAAAUCUCUACAUUACUGAAAGAGUAAUGACUAAAACACCUAACUGAAGCCGUGUCACUUUUGUAAUACUUUUUAUUCGUACCAUGUAUCCCAAGUUCACGUGGUUUUCCCUUCGUAAUUAUCAGAAAUAUCAAAUACUUUUUUAAACUACACUGACGAGAUAUGAAAACGCAACAAACAUAAUGCCUUAAUUUAUUUUUACUACAAAAAGCACCACCUUGAAAUGUUCAACACAUACACAUCUAGAUACUCUAUACCCAUUGUGUUAAAAUUAAAUCAUCACAACAGACCGUAAAAUUAACACAAUGAGUAUAGAGUAUCGAUAUAUGUAUGUGUUUAACAUUUCAAGGUGAUGCUUUUUGUAGUAAAAAUAUAUUCAGGUAUAUAUAUAUGUGUGUUGCGUUUUCAUAUCUCAUAAGUGUAGUGUUUUUUCUGAAACUAGCCGGCUAAAACAGUAUGCGGACUGUUUUAUAAGAAGGAGAACUUUUAUUUUGUUGUUAUAUGGGUUGCUAUAUGUAAGACUUGUUGAUGUAAAUGCAUUCGCUUAAGUAAAGUGAAAAUAAAAGGACAAAGAACAAAA